AUGGAUAUAACAGAAAACGCCCAGCAGUACGUUACUCCAUAUAAUAAAAUAGGUAAAAAUUUAAUUGAACCAUUGUUUUUGUUUUGCAGGGAAUUUAUUGAAACAGAUCUAAUAGAUUUUGCUAGAGACAAUCCGGGAGUUGUAGUUUAUCUGAAGCCAAGACGUCACAGGACUCCUUGUCUCUGGGCUGAAUACUUGAACGGUGGUGAAGAAUACAUAGGAACAAACAACAUGUCGAAGGAGGAGAUAGCAAAGUGGAUACAAUGGAUGAGGACCAAGUCCGGGUACCAGGAUACGCGUUACCUCAGCUACUGGCACACAGAUAGCCCCACAGUACAGGGAGUGUGGAGUCCCUUCACUCAUCGAGAUCCUGCUCUCAACUUGGCUACCUUCCCCAUGACUGAGAACCCAAUGGCAGAACGCCAAGCCCCUACUGCCACAGAGCUGUUGAUGGAAAUGUACAAACAGCAACAGUCCCAACAUAAUACGCCACAGUCUUCUUAAAUGUGUAUUAAAUUUACCACUAACCCUGUAUAUAAUAGGUUUGUCACUUAAUAAAUAGAUUAUUACCUAA